AUUCAUAGACACCAUUCAUCUUCACUGUACGAUCGCAACGUACAUUCAUUUCGCUUCCAACGCUGGGCAAGAAUGGCAGGCACUACCAAACUGUAUUACAUCUGGAACUUCUUCGAGAAGAUCCAACCAGCUGGAUUCGUGGACUAUUGGUUACGGGCAGCCAACUAUGUAAAGACCAACAAGGACUACAUAUCAACCCAACUCCAUCGCAACUUGAACCCUGAUGGUGCCUUCAAGUACGUGAAUCAUGCUGCGUUCGACGGACUAACAUUUGAGGGGUUUCAGCAGAGCAAACCAUCAGAGGCUUGGAUAAGAAUGAUGAAGGACUCAACGUCAGCAGACAACGUGGCCUAUCCAGGUGGCUACACUGAAAUUGCAACAAAUACUGGGAAGCCAUUGGCUCCCUGGCUGCCGAAAGAUGACAAAGGUAUCUUCAUCAUCACAUCAUUUAAGGCCGCUGAUGAAAACGAUGCCAAGCUUCAGGAAACCUUCGAGAAAGACUGGAUGGAAUCUUCGGGCGCUAACUUCAUCCUUCGGAAGGCUCCCAAAGAUCUCGGUAUAUCUCAUUUGGGUCUCUACAAGAAGUUCACUAAGCGCCCUGGAUUGCUGUACGUCCUCCGUGCGGAACUGGAAGGUGUAGGAGAGGAUUCGGAGGCUGCAAGGAGCUUCCUAAGUCAGUUGAAGGCCUUCAAGUUUCCUGAUUACUUCGAGCUUGUAGAUACCGAUCUGCACAGGGCUGACCCCGAAAAUAUCAUCUUCCCCGACGCAGGAAAGAAAGAUCUCCCUGAAGGAUAUAGUUAUAAGCCUUAAAAUCCUCUUAAGGAUUGAAAUACAAAAUGCAGAUCAUCACGUCAUAAAUCUUUGACAACCUAUGUCUGCAUACUUUAAAGGCCUAUAGGUUCUAUCUAUUUGUCUACUAUAAGCUUUGGAAUAUGGCGGGAAAAAAAAACUUUACAGUGUUUGAUUCUCUGGUAGUUUUUUUAAAUUUCUCAACUCAAGUCACCGAUGAAGCCAAGAAGUUGUUGCAUUUGGCGGAACUCUGUUCGGCCCUAAGUAAACAAUUGCGCGUUUGCUUCGUAAUACAAAAAGCUUGUUCGACAGUACUACAAAGAGUAAAAGGAAUUUGUUUUGCUUGACAAACCUGCAUCGUCUGUUUUUCUUUUUAGUUCAGGUUUAUUUUGGGUCACUUGUUAAUUGAAAUAGUCGUUCGUGUAUGAUGCAGAUUUUUUUCCGGUGGAAAAACUGUUUUUCUAUUUUAAACGUAUUCCAUGAAACCCUGAGCUACAUUUGUUUGUUUAAAGGGUUAUAACUGUAUGCCCUAACUAGAACGAUUUGUGGUAAACGAUGAAAAGCUAUUUUAGGUCUUCCUGUUUAGUAUAAUGAAAAGAUUGUACUUGUUUGCGAAACGAAAAAAAUAAUGGCCAGGCUGUGGUCCUAAAUUUCAAAGCCUCGAAUGAAUCUUGGUAAUGAGUAAAGGCCAGCCGGACUAGCUUUCGUGACAUUUCUACAAUUGUACGAUGUAAAUUCGACCAGAUUAUUAUAGGUCAUGGUUUUUCCACUAGCACCGUGCGACGCGUUCAUACUGUAACGUCUCUCUUGGGUGGGGCACAUUAUCAAUCAAGAGUCAGAUAAGAUACAUCUUACACACACUAUUCUAUACAAUGUGUAGUUUGGGCGUACAUGAUUAUCUGUGUACAGUCAGGGUUCGGUCUUAACUUGUUUUUGUUCUCUAGCCAGCCGGGUUACUCAAACAGACUCUUCUUAACUAGCCAGCCGGCAUUUUCACUGGCCUGCGUGUUUUUUUUCUUUUAUAGAGUGUCUCAUAAACAAAAAUGUGCAUAUAAUGUAAAACAUGUAUAGAGCCUGAAAGUUGAUCCCUGGUGGCGCGCUUGGCCCCUCGAAAACGAAAUGUAACCUGUAAAAGUCCGAGAUUUUGAAAUUAGUUUUGGUACAUUGAUUUCUUAAGAAUACCACCCUCGGAAUUUUAUGGAAACUGAAAAAUCGCAUGUCGUGAAAGAGAAAUAUCGUGCCAAAAAUUGACCUCUCACUUACGAAAAGUUUCGUGUGUAUUGUGGAACUCGAUCACUCGUUCAAGCAUGUACAUUUAUGAACUAAUUUUGUGGCGGUCAUUAGGUAAAAACUUCAACUUAAACUGGAGACUCGUUUUUGUUUUCUUAUUUUUGUUUUGUUUUAAUAUUUUGUGAAUGUUUGCUGUUUGUAUGUGUUUCUUAAUGCCGAAUAAAAAAAAAUAAUAAUAAAAUGUCUUUUGGGACGGAUUUUUUUGGAAUAAACUUGAAGGAGUUAUUUUCAUUGACAAACAAAUCAAAAAUGA